ACACUCUACGUCAUCGUGUACUUGGAACAAUCAGCACUUAGACACCGGGGACCAAUCCGCCUCACGCCCACUUGUAUACACUAUCCACACCCUCUAUACGAAUGUCACCAGCUCAAGUUGUCUUCACCCGUGGCCCUCUGCUUCACCCUUCUGAUACCUUCUCUCUUUCUGCAGCGGAAGGGAGGAGUUGGGGGGUGCAAUCAUGAACCUGCCACCGCUGCCGUCUCCCAAGUCGUCGAGGCCAUCCAAGGUUCUCAACGUCAACGCAGACACCGCCUCAUCACCAUUCCCCGUCCCUCGGCCAUCAUCCACGAUUCGGCCACCACUACAACGUCUACCCGAAAGAAGCUUCCUGGAACAGCAACAGGGAGGCGCAGAGUCUUCCGCCGAGUCAGCCAGGUCCACGGAAUUAGAUGAAGAAACGACGGAUAGCAAAUUGAGCGACAGCACGACAGAGGGCCAGCGAGACCUGCAAGGGGAUGACGACGACAAUUCGGCCAGCACUCCACAAGAGAAGUCGUCCCCGGACGAGUUGGAGAUCGAGAGACUUCGCAACCUUCAAUCGGAGAUGUUGCAGAAACAGCAGCAAGCGCGUCUCAAAGGGCCAUCCGGCGGGAGUAGCCCAGGUACAUUAAGUGCGCGACGAGUAUCGCCUAUCAAAGAAGAACUCUCGUCAAGCCUAUCGCCCACUCUGGAGAGGGCAUUUGGUACUCCAUUACUGACUGGAGAGACUGAAUCGACCGAGUCCACUGAAUCGUCCAGAACCGUCCGAGGAAGUGUGCCACCGACUCCUUUAAAACAUGCACUCCGCACUCCAUCGUAUCCAUUUCCAACAGUGCCCAAUACUCCCAGAAUAUGGACGUCGGCAUUUCACCAACCUUUCACAAAUCUAUCGCCUACUGUGUCGGCAAUGUUUACCAAGGAUUAUGUAACCCCAAAGGAUCGAGCUACCUCAGAGACAAGCACCCCGGCUGCAUCCGUGACUAGCUUCAUGCCUGCUGGAAAAUUGUAUCAGAGUCCCGGUGGAGAAGAUCCUCGGUUCCCAACCCCGAGCCUAUAUGACAUUGUGCUCCUUCUGGGAGCAGAACCAGGGCUUUCAGCUUGGUGGAACAGUGUGACCAUGAUCAUGCGCGACUACUAUGGGGUAGAGAGGGCAACGCUUGCCGUCCCCGCUGAUGCAUCCGAUAUUGAGAAUGUCCCUUGGGGGCAGAAGACGACGUAUAACAUAGCAGGCCAGAACAACCCCCGAAUACUUAGGUAUCGGGAAGGUCACCAAGAAAGGAGUAAAAAAAUAGCAAUGGAGCAGGGCCCCGCUCAAGAGUCAGACCACUAUGACGGGCCACCGACCACCGUGAUACCAGAGAGGAGGCCGAAGCUACCUAUGCGCCAUUCAUUUGCUGGUCACGAAAAGCAAAAGCGAGAUGGACCAUCCGAUAUUUACACACCUGGUAUACCUGGCAUACCUGGUACUUCUGGCACUUGUGGUCCUCCUGGUCCUCCUGGUCCUCCUGGUCCUCCUGGUCCUCCUGGUACUCCUGGUACUCCUGGUACUCCUGGUCCUCCUGGUCCUCCUGGCACUCCUGGUCCUCCUGGUCCUCCUGGUCCUCCUGGUAAUCCUGGUAUCUCUACCAGACCUCGAGGGCCACUCAGGACAGUUAGUCAUGCACCCCAAUCAAUGCGCGGAGAGCAUCCUUUAAGGCAAGUUUCGCAAGCCUCGUUUGAUGGUACCUCAUGCCAACAUGGUACACCUACCCCUAUCCGAGAACCCACCUUCAGUGACCUCGAGUUCUCAAGCAUAGGCGACGAGUCCUCUCCGAUGCAAUCUAGUGCGGUGUUUCCGGUAUUGAGUGCUCUAGAUCACGAACCGGAAGCCCUAAUUGACAAUGCGGGAAUCAAUCGCGUGUUAGAAAGGGGGCGCUUAGUAACACUGACACGAGAUUAUUCGCCUUCCUUAUCGCCGUCAAGAAAGAACUCAACAGAAUUGGGAAAAGAAGAGCAGUUACCGCCGAAAACUUCCAAGCAUGUCAGCAUUGAAGCACAGGAACCACUUAAGGCAUCAACUUUCAAGGGUCGAACCGGGCUUAUGAGUAGACCUGGAAACGUGGAGCAGAGUGAAUUAAAUCUACAGCCACGCUAUGAAGAAUACGAACAGUUUCCGAGCUCUCCUUGGGCUCAAUCACCCGCGCCCUCUCCUGCAAUCCAGAAUGACCCUAGCGAGAAUCCCUUUUUCUCAACCGGGAAUGUCGACGAGGAGACCUUCAACCCUUCCGGCUCUAACCAAGAUUAUUCACAAUUCAGUCAAGUAGAAGCUAUUGGUGUAGACAAAGCUAGUACCGUAACCCAUAUUCCCCUCAUUCACCCAACACUAUCGCAAGUAAUGCAGCCACUCAACUCCAACAUGCCUUCUCAAACCCCUACGAUGUCACGAAGAACUUCGGAACAGUCUGUUCAGGCAGCAUCAGUGAAAGAGGAUCGUCAAAGAAAGGCCCCUAUCGCAAUCCUCUCCAUACUUUCCCCGACUGUCCCAUUUCCUCGUAAUCUCACCAAUUCCCUUAAACUCCUCGGGCCUCAUUUAGCCACGUCUUUCUCAAACGCCUGGCAAUAUACCAAUGCACAUAACCAGGCUACCAACUUUCGUCACCGCCGGUUCCUGUCUGGUCAUCAGGUAGGAUUUGCGCCCAUGUCUUAUCAAGAAAGUAUCGAUGAUCUUCUUCACCUUGAUCUCGAAAAUAUUAGUAACUCCGCUGCUGGGAGCGUUACUAGUCCUUCAGACUACUCUGGGCGGUCAAAACACAGUCCAGGUGGCUCGAUCAGUGGUACUCCUGGAUGGGACCCAAUUACGGUAGGUUUCUCCAGCAAACACUCUGUCAGUAGUACUCCUGGCCACCUUGCUGGUGUCGAGGCUGUUGAGAGCUACUUUGAUGCAAAGAAACGAACAACCCGAUCAUCGGGCCAGACUGCAACCGUUGCACAAGAACAGAUCUCUCGCAAGGCCGACAAGCGAAUGCCGAGACGAGCAAGUGUCAGCACGGUGGCGGAGAAUGAAGAAAAUGUCGUCACACCGCGCAAUGAGAAAGCAGCGACUCAGGUACCUGCUCAUGGCGAGGUAACGGCUCAGAACAAUGCUCCACGACGACUAAGAACGACGCCAUCACAGAGUGGCCAACACCGACCUCAUUCUCUACUACACUCCUAUGGCGCAGACUUUACAUCGUCAUUUCAAUCGCUUCCUGCGGCCACUACCCCUGGAGUCAAGACCCCAGCAGCUCCUACAGGCCACUCCCGAAGCAACUCGAUAAGCGAAACUCUCGAUAUGCCGCCUCCGUCAGAGAGCCUUCUGCGUACUAUCAUUGAUUCUCUUCCAGUGCAGAUCUUCACCGCCCUUCCAAGCACUGGAGCUCUCACUUGGGUGAACUCGAAGUUCCUUGUCUACAGAGGGCAGGAAUCUCGACAAGUGUUACAAGAGCCGUGGGAUGCGAUACAUCCAGAGGAUAGAGAGGCAUACUUGGAGCAGUGGAACAAUUCUUUGCGCACAGGAGCACAGCUUCAGCAAAAGGUUCGGUUGCAACGGUUCGAUGGUCACUAUCGAUGGUUCUACGUCAGGGUAGCACCGUUGAAGAAUAAGCGGCAGCAAAUUGUACAUUGGAUUGGAACUAACAUGGACUUCCACGAGCAGCAUCUUGCAGAGCUGAAUUCGGCACGGCAGCAGGAAACUGCGGCUUCGGAGGCGAAAUACCGCGCGCUCGCUAACUCAAGUCCGCAAGUUGUUUUUGUUGUGUCGAAUCGACGUGGUCUCACCUUUUGCAAUUCGCAAUGGAUAACUUACUCCGGCCAAACCGAAGCACAAGCACACGUUAAUGGGUUUCUGGAGUAUGUUCACGCUGAAGACAUCGUCAAAUGCAAGUUGCCAGAGAUGGGAGAAGAUGGCGAGUGGCCCACCAAUGUUCCAACCUCACUUCCACUAGAUCAUGGACGUCAAGGCUCUACGUCGUCUGACGAUUCCUCGGAAACAGAGAAAACCAUCACCAGUCCGGGAAGUUCAUCUCCAGAAACUCUGGCAAUGCCUCAAGCCAAACUGUCGAAGCUGGCGAGCACAGGUAUACUCAAAGUUACGAAAGAUGCCGACGGCCGCGCUUCAUACACCACUGAAGUUAGGCUGCGAAACAAAGAUGGCGAAUACCGCUGGCAUCUCAUUAGGGUGCUCCUGGAGAAGUCGCUCGCAGACGAUAAUGACGAGGAAACAUGGUAUGGAACGGCUACAGACAUCAACGACCAUAAACUACUGGAACAAACAUUAAAGGAGACUAUGGACGCGAAGUCAAGAUUUUUGAGUAACAUGUCCCACGAGAUCAGGACACCACUUAACGGUAUCUCCGGAAUGGUCAACUUUCUUCUUGACGGCAUUCUCAACAACGAGCAACUAGAACAAGUUAACAUUAUCAAGGCGAGCACUGACAGUCUCCUUAACCUCAUCAAUGACAUCCUCGAUCUAUCAAAAGUGGAAGCUGGAAUGAUUAAGCUAGCAAUGGAGUGGCUUCACCUACCCUCUCUCCUGGAGGAAGUCAAUGAUUUGAACAUGGGUUUAGCUAUCCAGAAAGGCCUUGAGCUCAACUAUCUUGUCGAAGAAGAGGUGCCGUCAAUGGUUAAAGGUGAUAAGUUCCGCAUCCGGCAGGUUCUUCUGAAUGUUGUUGGCAACGCCAUCAAGUUCACGCAGAAGGGUGAAGUCUUUGUUCGAUGCCGUAUGAAUCCCCCGGAACGCGAAACCCUUUUGAAGAACAAUGAGAUCAUGGUCCGGUUUGAAGUCAUCGAUACAGGCAGAGGAUUCAAUGAAAGCGAAGCAAAGUAUCUGUUCAAGAGGUUUAGUCAGAUUGACGCUAGCAGCACCAGGCAGCAUGGCGGAACCGGCCUUGGACUGGCUAUUUCAAUGCAAUUUGUUGAACUUCACGGCGGCAAGAUGGAUGCCCGUAGCAUUCCUGAGAAAGGCUCGACGUUCUUCUUCACAAUCAAAUUUGGCCUGCCUACCGAGGUCGAUUUCCCGAAACCACAAGCUCCCACCCCAGGAACUCCAGUAAUAGAACCUGUCAUUGCGGCCCAACCUCUGCCGAUACAGCAGCCAAUUCUGCCUCAUAUAUCACCCAUUGUUCAGAAAGAACGAAUUUCCAGCAUCUCAUCAGACCACAGCGAUUCCGUCAAAUCUCCUGUCCCUAGUCUGACGAUUUCUGAGCGGUCGGGGGAGUCCCCUUCACUAUCUUCGGGCAGCUCAGACCCGUCUAUUUAUACUGGAAAAUCGAGUUUGCGUUCUGAGCGCUCUUCUGCCUCUUCUUUCAUGCCAGAAGGUGCUGUUUCCAAGGAUAUAAAACUGGCACUACCGAUCAAACGCACCGACAGCGAUACCGGUGGCAACUCUGAUGAAUCUUCUGGCACCAUUCGACAGCCUGAGCCUCAGCGAAAUCUCUCGCCCAUCGGAAGCUAUAUGCAGCCUCCAAUGUACUCCAUAUUAGUCGUCUGCCCGCUGGUUCAUAGCCGAGAAGCCACUAUUGGGCACAUCAAGAACACGCUUCCGCAGGCUAUACCACAUCAAAUUACUUCACAGUCCAGUUUGUUGGAAGCGCAGAAGAUGAUUAGUGGAGAUGACCCAGUCCUUUUCACCCACAUCGUCUUAGUUUUACACGAGGCCGCCGAGGUUAUUACAGUCAUAGAUCAAAUCUUGAGCUCGACUGCUCAUUCUACAACCUCGAUUGUAGUAGUAUCCGAUCCAGCUCAGAAAAAGGAGCUCCUCAAAGAAGCCCCAAUAUACGACUACAACCAACUGACCCUCGGCCGCAGACUUCAAUUCAUCUAUCGCCCCUUGAAGCCCUCGAAGUUUGCAGUGAUUUUCGAUCCACAGAAGGAAAGAGAAUCAAGCACGGACCGGAAUCAAGACAGCGCUCAGCAAGUGGUUGUUAGCCAGAAGCUUGUAUUUGAGGAGCUCAAGAAGCGACUGGGCGAUAGGGGCUAUAGGGUCCUUUUGGUCGAAGACAAUCAGAUCAACCAAACUGUGAUACUGAAGUUUCUAGGGAAAAUUGCCAUUGACACUGAGACGGUAUUGGACGGCGUCCAAUGUACCGAGAGGGUCUUUUCGAAGCCACCAGGAUACUACUCAAUCAUUCUGUGUGAUCUUCACAUGCCAAACAAAGACGGGUACCAGGCUUGUAAAGAAAUACGGCGAUGGGAAAGGAAACAAGGCCACCGCCGUCACCCAAUCAUCGCCCUAUCGGCGAACGUACUUGGCGAUGUUUACGCUAAAUGCGUUGAUGCCGGUUUCAACUCAUAUGUCACCAAGCCGGUGGAAUUUAAGGAACUAUCGAUGGUCAUGAUGAGAUUCCUCGACCCAGCAGAUCCCUCUCACCCCCCGGAAUUCAUGAAAUCCCGCAAAUUAUAGAGACGGCCUAUUUCCAAGAGGUGUUUGGAUCCCUUUCUGUACCCCUUUUUGCAUCAGCGACUCGGCGCACUUGGGAUUCUUAGUUUUGAUGCGCUUUUAGCAUGGCGUAAUUGCC